AUGAUUGAGAGCAGAACAGAAAUGCUCAAGACUCUUGAUGACAUGUUUGCUACUUCUAGUAGUUCUGCUAGGCAGAGUGCCCUGACUGCGGUCACCAACACCGUGAUGGCUGGAGGAACUGUGCGGGAUCAUUGUUUGACAAUGAUAGCAAACUUCAAAAGAGCGGAUGACCAUGGGAUCAAGUUUGAACAAGAGGUAAAAGUUGACCUCCUUCUGCAGUCACUGCCUGAAUACUUCAACCUGUUCAAAAUGAAUUAUAACAUGAACAAGAUGAAUCUGGAUCUUACUCAACUGAUGCACGAGCUUGAGAAUGCUGAACAGUUUCUGGUCAAGCAGGAAACUGCAUUUUUUUGCCGUUGA